UAGUCCAAUUUCUAACAGUGUAUUGAAAUUUAUGUUUGUAAAUCUGAUUUUGUAUUUAAAAUGAACGAUCCACAAUUAACGCUUUUUUCUUACAUUUAUUUUGAUCGUAAUUUUAUAUACCUAUAAUGAAUAUGUGUGACGCAUUUUCCUAGCUUUCUAACUUUCCCUUUUUCCUCCCCCAAUUUUCAAGGACAACAUUCCUUGGACCAUCGGUCACCCCAAGGAAUGGUCCACUGGUACAAAACAGUUGUUUCCGAGCCUACACCCAAGUAGGAACUUUUCCUUUUAAAUCUACGGACUAAUUGUAAAGUUGAACAACUCUUUUAAAUAAAUGAUUUGUAUCUACGGAUACAUCUUUUUAUAAUAAUAAAAAUUACGUGUUUUAUUCAACCCGUCACAUUUUUGGCGAUCCUGCCAGGAUAGUUCGAUACGAUUACGAUCAAAAAUCGGCUAUCCUUGUGAGAACCAUUGUGAUAUUGUGAUAAAAUUUUUUUUUGUGAAAAGUGACGGUUUAUACGGUGAUAUUUUCACUGGAAAUCACCGGAAAACACGGACUCGGGCCGAAUUAAGUAAGUUCGAUAGUGAUUCCGUGGGUAUUAGUCCCAGAGAAGGUGAGACGUCACCCAACCAAGUUGGCAUCGUGGGAUUAUAAGCCUAUAAAUCAACUUACGAAUUCCGCCAAUCUAAGGACCACUGAUAAGCUGCAUUUCAAAUUUGUAAGGACACAUCUACGGAUUUGUACAACAGAAGAAAGAAAAAUGAGGAUUUUAUUAUGGUGUGCAUUAAUACUCAGUAUCAAAGCCGAUGUUCAUCUAAAAAACCUCGAGGACACUACAAUUUUUGCUGAAAACCUUGGUAUAACGAAAUUAUUCCACGAAACAUGGAAGCUCAUUCUAGGAAUCGACACCAAUAACUUUAAAACACGACUUGCAGAAAUUACAGAAAUCUAUUCUCGAGCUUCAGCUUUGUGUAACAAUUGCUCAGAAAAAUACGAAUUAAAUCUCCUUAGGAAUCGAAUUAAUAGGUUAGAAAAUUCAAAGUUUCUCUUAAAUCAAAUACUAGGACAAUCACGACAGCGAAGAGGUUUGUUUAAUUUUAUGGGAUCUUUUUCAAAAACUUUAUUUGGGACACUAGAUGAUCAUGAUUUACAAAUUAUUAAUAAUGAGUUUGAUGCUAUUUAUAAAGACAAUAACAUUAUGGCAGAGUCAAUAGGAAACCAAACUAGAAUAAUAAAAACACUCUUAAAUAGUGCUUCGCAUGAUUUACAACUGUUAAAUGAACAAUCUCAAAGUCGUACCCAAGAACUAAACAAAAUAAUAAAUUCAACAAAUGAAAACCAAAAAAGGUUACUAAUUGCUAAUCUCAUUUCUGCGGUGGAAAUUGCUGUAGCUGAAUACAGCGAAGAUUUAAACUUAGUAAUCGAUGCAAUAAAUGACGGAAGACAUGGAAUAGUUCACCCUCAGAUACUUACUCCAGAAACACUAAUACAGGAACUGCGACAAAUCGAAGAAUCUGAUAAUCAGAAAUAUCCAAUUAAGUUAAUCGUGGAUAAUUAUCAACACAUAAUUGAUAUUUCCGAAACAACUAUUGGAAUAGUUAAUAAAAGAUUAGUUUAUAUAUUAAAAAUUCCAGUUUUAGAACACGAAGAUUUGCAAACAUAUCAUCUUAUUCCUAUUCCUAUUCCCCAUGGAAAAAGCUUCAUUGCUCCUAUCCCUUCUCAUGAGGUUAUCUUAACUAAUUUAGAGAAAAAUAUUUAUGUACCUUCAGAUGUUGAUAGUUUAAAACUCUGCAAAGAAAUCGACGAACUUCGUAUUUGUAAACGAACACAGCCAAGCUAUUUUAUUAGUGAAACUCAUUCAUGCGAAACAAGUAUUAUCAGACGUCAAAAUAAACAUGUUAACAACGAUGUAUGCCAAUUCUCCGCAUUUAGAAUAUUAGAGUUAGUUUUCAUACCACUAAAGGAUCCCAAUCAAUAUGUAUUAGUUCCCGAGGUACCCUUUGAAUUAAAUGUGUGGUGCGGAACAAAUACGCAAACUCUUAAGCUCAAUUCCGCUAGCUUGCUGUUCAGUGAUGAAGACUGUAUUAUACAAACCCCAAAAUCAAUUUUAAAAUUACGAAAAUCAAAGGUACGAAGAAGCGAUAUUUAUUUCAAAAAAAAUGUAACUUAUAAAUUAAGCAUCGAAGAUAUAAAUCUGUUAAGUAGCCAAUUACCUUUAAUUCAAGAGUCGCUACGUCACGAGAAUUUUAAGGAAUUACGUCAAAGUUUAAAUAAUAUGGAAAAUUCAUUAAAAGCCAUUAAAUCUAAUCGAAGAACACGUACAUGGAUAGAAACAAGUACAGAUAUACUUACGUAUUUAGGUUACUUAUCAUUAUGUAUAAUUAGUGUCUAUAGUUUAUAUAAAAUUGGAUUAUUUGAUUGUAUUAGGAAAUCAUUACCUCGAAAUUUCUGUAUUAAACUUUUCUGCGUUUCUACCACAGUUACUUCAACACCUACAGUACAGUACACUCCUGUGGCAACAGCGCCAAUCGAACAUUUUGAUACUUCACUAAAUAAUGUAGCUAGCAAUAAAGAUGUAGUAGUUGUACAGAAAAGGAUUAAAUUGCGAACUUAGAGGACUAAGUUCAUUCUAAAUGGGGGGGUGUGACGCAUUUUCCUAGCUUUCUAACUUUCCCUUUUUCCUCCCCCAAUUUUCAAGGACAACAUUCCUUGGACCAUCGGUCACCCCAAGGAAUGGUCCACUGGUACAAAACAGUUGUUUCCGAGCCUACACCCAAGUAGGAACUUUUCCUUUUAAAUCUACGGACUAAUUGUAAAGUUGAACAACUCUUUUAAAUAAAUGAUUUGUAUCUACGGAUACAUCUUUU